CGUUUGGAUUGAUUUUCGCUUGUGGUGUUUUCGCUGAUUUGACGAAUAUCAACUUUCCGGUCUUAAACGUAUGGAAAUUGUUUUAAAUAUUUAUAUUAGUCGAGAAAGCAGUUUUGAUAUAAAAAUUGUCAAUACAGAAGUCAUUAAAUUGUAAAAGUGCACCAUUAAUUGCUUAAUUUUUUUAUGUAAAACGAUCGAAGCCUUUACUGUCUUGAAUGAAAACGCCGACACAAUUAAAUGGCGUUUCUUGUACCACCUUAAGUUUGAAGCAAGUACAGAAAUCAGUGUAGCGGACAAUGCCUCACGUAAGCACAAAGACUGGUAGCUGAAAUUGUUGCAGCAGCGGCGUCAACAUUUUUGCUUAUUUUGUUUUGUGCACCUAAAAUGAACGCGCUAGCAUAAGUUUUUAAAGUAAGACAUUGUGGCCAUAUAUGAGUAGGAACGUAUAUUUAUAAGUAAACAAAUAAUUGGCAUAACUACGGAUAUGUUACGAAGUGGACGUAUUUGCAUAUGGCAUUCAAAAGCAUCAAACCUUAAAUCAGUAGCAUAAAUCAAUUUUAACUUUUAAUAACGGACUUCAUCAAAGACCUGUCGCUAGACGCUUCUGUGCUAAUAUAAGACAUAUAUGGUAUAUAUGUAUAUAUUUUUUUGGAGUCACUGCUGGUAUACCUUUGUUCAUCGGGUAAAGACGUACUACGUACUUGUCCAACUGGUUUUUAACUUUCUUCAACGGCUCAAGCGAUACAAUAAAUACUUGCUACACCAACAGAGCCAACAACAUUCGAGCAACAGCAACAACUAAACUUUUGAAAAUAAUCAUCGAUAACCACUUAGUUUUUUGGUUAGUAGAUACAAGCACCAACUGAGGUCUGGUGCCAUCGCAAUCUUUACUUAGUCAUCCAGUAGCAGGACAAUUGGAUACUCACUUUAAUGUUUGGAAUUUCGGCGAAUAAUAAAAGAGGGAGCACAAUAGGACUGCUUAAUAGCAAGCAUUGGUGGGUUUCAAAAUAAUACCAACCCAACCCAACAUCAGAAAUGUCUUCGUCACGCAACAAAUUCUUUGGUGGUGGCAAAUUGUCGAACAAAUCAUCCGGUUCGUCAGGCCUACGCAUACUUUGGAUACCGGGUAGACACAAAAGCCAUCCGAAAGGUCGUUUCGAUUCUACCAACAAGCAAGUGCUUCAUAAAAGCGCCCAAAAAAAUAGCGAAGUAUGGUCCCUAGGUGGGAGUAAAAACCAGCGAGACCUAAUAGAGUCCGAUCCUGAUAGUAAUCUUUUUGACGGGCCUUCAGUUUCUGGCGUAACAUCAGCUGCUUGCGCCAUCGGUGCUGUGGGUGCUGAGAAAUGUGCCACUGCAACUACUACACCUGCAAUAUCCAUCUCAGCAGAUGAAGCUAACAAAAUCGCCGCUGAGGCCAACUCCUACGAUGCGGCAAACACACCGAGUACAGCUUCCACAACGCCUCUAGUAUCUGUGCCAAAUAGUCCUGAUACUGGUGUCGCUUCGAAAGUAAUUGUUACAACAACUACUAAUACAACGGAAAGUAAAAACGGCACCGAAGUCAGUAUGCCGGCCAAGACUACUUCUACAAUCGUAACCACAACAACCACUGCAGAAAUUAUGGAUGAGAAUCGUUUUUCCAUUCUUGGCAAAGACAUUUCGAACGAGUUCAACGUCUAUGACUUGCCAUCGCCACCUAAAAAUGGCUUCAAUGCGCCAACACCGGAGGGUGCGACCAAUGCGCUAUUGAAUGCGUCGGCUGGUACGACAGCUUCAACAGCGACAACACCAGCACACUCUAAUACGUCUACACAACAAAAUGAAAGGGAUUCCAUCACUGGUUCGCCUAUAAAAAAGAAGAAGCAUCAUAAAAAUGAGAAUAACAAUCAUCAGAACGAUAUAAAUUCCAUUGAAAGUAUAUCUGAUAAUGCGAAAAUAUCUAGCAACGAUCUAGACGAGUUAACCUUGGAGCGUAAUGGCAAAGAUUUGUUGAAUAAGAAGAAAAAGAAGAAGAAGAAGAAGAUAUCAACAACCAAGGAAUUAGACCAACUAGAUGGUGUAUCUGGCAAGCACAACACUAAAGACGACGAUUUUAGCGAUGAGGAUGAGAAGGUUGUGAAAUGUCUUUACUACACACUAAUGUGCUGCGAAUGCACAAUUUCUUAGUAAAGAUGAAAAUAACCCCGCAUUAGCACCGAAGAUCAGUCCUAAAAAUGAAAGGCAUACGCAAAAAGUUUACUGAGUUAAGUUUUUUGUAAAACAAUAACUUCAAAAUCAAAAAUAUUAAAUCAAACGAGUCUGUCCACUUUGAGAUACAUAUACAUAUAAUAUAUAUAUUUAAAAGUACUUGUAGACGCAAGUUUAAUUUGCAACUGCUGAAUUACUUAAGCAAAUUUGCCAAUUGUUAACACAAAAUAUUCCUGCUGAUUAGAUAAUAUGUAAGAUAUGUAUGUAUAUAAGUGAUGAUCUAUAUGGAAAAAUAUAAAAAAUGCAUUUACAUGUAUUAACGAAAGAAGACAAUUUAAUUGCAUAAGCAUACGGCGUAUACCACAUAUGUGCGUGGAUAUGUAUUUCUUUUAAUAAUACUGCAAUAUGAGCCAGUGCAGCUAUAAAACGUUUACAUAUGUAUAAGAAUACAAUAUAAGAUAUCUUUUUACAUGCUUACACAUUUUCGUGCAAAAGUAGCUUAAUUUUAGUGAGGAUUUAAUUAAUUUUUUUUUUUUUUGUUUUUUUUUUUCUUGUUUUUUCAGCGAAUAUUUAAUACAUGUAUAUUUACUCAUUAAUGUAUAAACAUACAUAUAAACAAAUAUGUGUGCAAAUGGAGAAUAUGUACGAUACGUGUUCGUAUCGCGCUGGUAAUAAAAGUUUAUAUAAGAUACUAUGUACAUAUGUAUGUAUGUGCAUACAACUAUAUUACUUUUUAUAGGCGUUUUACCAAGUUUAUAUCUAAUUUCAUUAGAGUAGCACAUCUUUGAAUUUAUGUAUGUGUGCGAAGUGUAUAAUAAAUAUGAAAAGUAUUAAAAAACGUUUUGUGACUAUUUAAAAUGAAGCAAAAAAAAAUUUAAA